AUGUCAAAUAAUUCAUCUGAAUCUAUUCGUUAUACAUGUAAUACAUUAAAUUGUACGUAUAUUGAUGAUGAAGAACCGCAUGAAAUACUUUCUAAUACAAGAUAUGAAGAUAAAUUAGUAAAAUUUGAUAAAUCAUUAAUAAAUAUUGAACAGCAAUCGAUUGUUUUUUUAAUGGAAGUUCAUCAAUACGUUUUUGAUUUUGGUGGAUCAACACUUAAACAAUGUAUGCAACGAUUUAAACGUAUUAUUUUACCAUUAGAACCACGUUUAUUACUUCUUUAUGCUGGUGAAAAUGAUAUAACAAAUAAUCAAACACCGACAAAUAUACAAUUUAUAUUAACAAUUCGUCGAUUUUUUUUUCAUUAUUACCGAUUGUUUAUAUUUCAAUAA